AAGUGUGAGAAAAAUAAAUACAGUGACUUUUUUCGGUGCGUGGACGAAAAAGCUACAAAGAUUGACACUGUGUGGGGGUGGGCAAGCGCCCCGUUGCGCUUGGCGGCGAACAGGAUGAGCGAUGCUAUAUUGGGUGACCGAGCUCCAUCGCCAGCAAGGUUAGCUCACACUUCAGACAAGCAUCCGCGGGGUACGCUCGCUGAACUCAACGUCCUCCGUCGUCACCAUGAGCUCUGCGAUGUAAUCCUGAAUGUGGGAGGACGAAAGAUUUUUGCCCACAGGGUAAUUUUAUCAGCCUGCAGUCCCUACUUCCGCGCUAUGUUUACAGGCGAACUUGAGGAAUCGCGACAAACGGAAGUCACCAUUAGGGACAUUGAUGAGAAUGCCAUGGAACUGCUUAUUGACUUCUGCUACACUUCCCACAUUGUCGUAGAAGAAUCUAAUGUACAGACUCUGCUUCCAGCUGCAUGUCUACUCCAACUGGCUGAGAUUCAGGACAUAUGCUGCGAAUUCCUGAAGCGGCAGCUGGAUCCUACCAACUGUUUGGGCAUUCGGGCUUUCGCUGACACUCACUCGUGUCGAGAACUCCUCCGAAUUGCUGAUAAGUUCACCCAGCACAAUUUUCAAGAAGUGAUGGAGAGCGAGGAAUUUCUUCUGUUGCCCGUUGGUCAGCUCGUGGAUAUCAUUUGUAGUGAUGAACUCAAUGUGCGUUCCGAGGAGCAAGUUUUUAAUGCAGUGAUGGCCUGGCUUAAGUACAACGUUUCUGAUAGGCGUCAGCAUCUUGCUCAAGUGUUGCAACAUGUGCGUUUGCCGCUGCUUAGUCCUAAAUUCUUGGUUGGAACUGUGGGCUCUGAUUUGCUCGUACGCAGCGAUGAAGCAUGCAGAGAUCUUGUGGAUGAGGCAAAGAAUUAUUUGUUACUACCACAGGAGAGACCUUUAAUGCAGGGACCUCGCACGCGCCCAAGGAAACCAACGAGACGCGGAGAAGUGCUAUUUGCCGUGGGAGGAUGGUGCUCUGGUGAUGCCAUCGCGAGUGUAGAGAAGUUCGAUCCGCAGACAAACGACUGGAAAAUGGUAGCACCUAUGAGCAAGCGUCGUUGUGGCGUCGGUGUAGCCGUAUUAAAUGAUCUUCUCUAUGCUGUGGGUGGUCAUGAUGGCCAGAGCUAUCUUAAUAGCAUCGAACGCUAUGAUCCGCAGACAAAUCAGUGGUCCUGCGAUGUAGCUCCAACGACAUCGUGUCGUACAAGCGUCGGUGUAGCCGUGUUGGAUGGUUUUCUAUAUGCCGUUGGUGGGCAGGAUGGGGUGCAAUGUCUAAAUCAUGUUGAGCGUUAUGAUCCGAAAGAGAAUAAGUGGGCCAAAGUAGCACCAAUGACUACUAGAAGACUCGGAGUUGCUGUGGCCGUAUUGGGUGGGUAUCUAUAUGCCAUUGGAGGCAGCGACGGACAAUGUCCAUUAAACACGGUUGAGCGCUUCGAUCCCAGACAAAAUAAAUGGUGUGCUGUAAGUCCCAUGUCGACUCGUCGGAAGCACUUGGGAUGUGCUGUUUUUAAUAACUACAUCUAUGCUGUGGGCGGCAGAGAUGACUGCAUGGAAUUGUCAUCGGCUGAGAGAUACAAUCCCCACACCAAUACUUGGAGUCCAAUUGUGGCUAUGACCUCGAGGCGCAGUGGAGUGGGUCUGGCCGUGGUAAAUGGGCAGCUGUAUGCGGUUGGUGGAUUUGAUGGGACUGCGUAUCUCAAAACCAUUGAAGUGUAUGAUCCAGAGACAAAUCAAUGGCGUCUUUGUGGAUAUAUGAAUUAUCGACGCUUAGGUGGUGGUGUGGGUGUCAUGAGGGCCCCUCAAACUGAAAAUUAUAUGUGGGUUCGCAAGGAUUCAGUGGUGUAGACAGCAAGAAAUGAGCCGGAUGCUUCAAUUAUUUAUUAAAAAAAAAAAAACGUAACUCCCUAGCUCUACAUGAUAAACAAAACACGCGUCCCCAUUUUUAUUAUCUUAAAGAUGCUGAAAACGUAAGUAACAGUAUAUAUUUUUUAAAAUAAUAAUAUUAUCUGAUCUAAAAGAAACCAGUGCUCUAUGACAAAAA